AUGGCGUGGGACAACCUCGACAUCACCAAGCCGCACUUGGUCUACAUCAUCCUCGGCGGCUUCACCUCGCUUUUCAUGCUGUGCUCGUCCGUCAUCAAGGAGCGCAUGUACAUUGGCGAGGCCACCGUUGCGACCAUCUGCGGCGUCAUCUUCGGGCCUCAUGCCGCCAACCUGAUCGAUCCCCGGUCCUGGGGCAGCGUCGACAUCGUCACCGUCGAGUUCUCGCGCAUCGUCCUCGUCGUCCAGUGCUUCGCCGUCGGCGUCGAAUUGCCCAAGUUUUACAUGGAGAGACACUGGCGCUCUGUCGUCUUCCUGCUCGUGCCCGUCAUGGCCUUUGGCUGGCUCAUCGUCAGCCUCUUCGUCUGGUGGAUGAUCCCGCCCCUCACCUGGCUCGACUCGCUCGUCGUCGCCGCCUGCGUCACCGCCACCGAUCCCGUCCUGGCCUCGUCCGUCGUCGGCAAGGGCAAGUUCGCCAAGCGCGUGCCCAAGCAUCUGCGAGACCUGCUGUCCGCCGAGUCCGGCUGCAACGACGGCAUGGCCUUUCCCUUCAUCUACCUCUCGCUGUACCUUAUUCAGUACAACCGCAACGCCGGCGACGUCAGCUUCCACUUCGUCGUCUACGUGAUCCUCUACGAGUGCAUCUUUGGCGCCUUUUACGGCUUCAUGAUCGGCUACAUUGCGCGCCGCGGCAUCCGCUACGCCGAGGAGCACGAAAUGAUCGAUCGCGAGAGCUUCCUCGUCUUUUACUUUGCCCUUUCACUCUUCUGCGCCGGUUCGGGUAGUAUCCUCGGCGUGGACGAUCUCCUUGUGGGCUUUGCUGCCGGAGUCGGUUUCUCUAACGACGGCUGGUUCGGCGAAAAGACGGAGGAGUCGCACGUUUCCAACGUUAUCGAUCUGCUUCUUAACUUGGCCUAUUUUGUGUUUUUUGGUACCAUUAUCCCCUGGGAGCAGUACAACAACGGCUUCUUGGGCAUGGAGGUCUGGCGCCUUGUCGUCAUCGCCAUCUUCGUCAUCCUCUUCCGCCGCAUCCCCGUCAUGAUGCUGCUCAAGCCGGUCAUACCAGACAUCAAAAACUGGCGCGAGGCCCUCUUCGCAGGCCACUUUGGCCCCAUUGGUGUCGGCGCCAUCUUCGUCGCCAUUCUCGCGCGCGCCGAGCUGGAGCACGAAGAGCCUGUGCCGCUAUCGGACCUGCCGCCCGAGGGCUCGCCUCAUUACAACCUCCUCUACCUCGUGUGGCCCAUUGUCACGUUCCUCGUCAUCUCAUCCAUCCUGGUUCACGGGUCCUCUGUCGCCGUCUUCACGCUCGGCAAGCGCAUCAACACUCUGACCAUUACCAUGUCCUACACCGCCGCGCCCGAGGACGGACCGUCAUGGAUGAACAGGCUGCCCAGGAUCUCGUCCCAGUCCAGGUCCCAGGCCCGGACGAUGUCAGAGACAUCCUUUGACGACUACAAGACGCCCGAGUUUCCCCCAGGCAGCGUCCCCCCGCCUGCACAGUUUCUCCGGCGCCAGCGAGAAGAGGAUUACGGCCGCUCGGGCAGCCGUCCGUCGUCAUUGGUGGCCAAGAAGAGGAAGCACAGGAAGUGGGACGACGGCAUCGGCCCUGGAGGCCCCAUCAGUCAAUCGGCCAUCUUCCCUAGCCGGUCAGCAGCAGCGUCGCCCUCCCCUGAAAAGGAGACGCCUCCAGAGCCCGAUGUCAGGGACGCAACCCCAUCUGCAGAGAGCCCUACGGAGGUUGACCUGGAGAAGCCGGCCGUUGACCUGGAGAAGCCAGCCGAUGAGGAAGAGCCUCGCGGCCGUCGCGGGCGAGCCGACGAGAGCCAGAGCCCUUCAGCACCGCACGUCAAUGUGUACGAGGAGGGCGAGCAUCUGGUGAUUGAAGACGACGAAGGUGAGGUCGUUGAUGCCCGAUCAACACACGGCGAAGUUGAGGGAGGAGGAAGAAAGGAGGAGGCACCAAAACGACCAUCACUCACGCCCGUCGCGGCAAAAUCCAAGUCCGAGGCAGAGAAGUUCCAUUGGUCUGUGAACAACAUUCGUCGGAAAGUGACGGACGUAUACAGCUCUGAAUUGGAGAAGCGAAAAGGAAAGGAUAAAGCCAGUCGACGACAUGAGCCAGCCCGAGCUUACCAGUUCGGCAACGCGAUCAUCGUCGAGGACGAGGACGGUGAAGUCGUCAAGACAUACGAACUGCCUCCGGCGAAACCCGCCGGCCAAGAGGGCACCCUCAUCAACAACACCGCUUCAUCUUCCAAGCCAGUAUUCAAGCCUGGCUGGACCUCGGGCUUCGGUGUCCUUGGUGGCGGUGAGGGCCGCAAGAAGAAUGUGCCCCCUCAAGACGACUCGGACGAUGAUCGAAAGAUUCGCUUCACGAUAGGAGGCGUGGGACGACGCAUGACCAAGGAGGACUUUAUCCACGAGGUGCAGAAGCUUGACGCGCGCACCCGCAAGGAGGUGGUGGACCAUUCUUCCGCCUCCACCGCGCUCAAGGACUUUGCCCGGCAAGAUCUUCACGUUCCGGGCACGAACCGCACCCUGAACAUACCCGAGAUCAUCGAGCCCGAAUCCAGCUCCGGCCCGGCCUCCACCUCGGCGUCCACAUCGGCAUCCACAUCGGUCUCUCCCGCUCCCCGCGGCAGCUACCGGGACUCCGAGUCCGUCUCUCCCCGGCGGCAGGCUGAUGCACCCCGAGGCCGAGACCGCAGCGGCGUAAGUGCCUCUGCCCAACCUUCCGAGCUGGAUGGUGAGACUGCCGUGGAGCGGAACCGUCGCCUUGCCGCGCUGGGAGGCCAGCUCAGCGAAAACGAGCGCCGCGGUAGCGUCAUUGACGCCCGACGGAGGCUGGAUGACACCAGUCUUUCAACGGGUGAGACGCCGGCCGAGCGAAGAAGGCGAGAGGCGGCCCUGGGCGUGGGCGGUCCGACUGCCGCUGAGGACAGCGACUCGGACGACGAGGGCACGCCGCGAGUGCCACCGGCGAGAAGAGGCAUCCGGUUUGCGGAGCAGCCAAGCCGACAAAAGCGAUGA